AUGAAAUUUAGCACAGCGCUCUCGGUGUCAGCGACAGCGCUGGCAACUGUUGCUAUUGGUUAUGCAUUCUAUUUCGAUUACAAGCGCCGAAAUGAUCCGGCCUUCCGCAAAAAGCUGCGCAAGCAAUCGAAGCAAUCUGUGAAGGCUGCCAAGAAAGAAAUGAAAGCAGCGGCUCAGCAGGAGAACAUGAUGAUUGAAAAGGCCGUUAAGGACGUUGUCGAGCCGGGUGUCCUUCCCACUGGCGUCCAAGAGAAGGAGGCAUUCUUCAUGGAACAAGUGGCUACUGGUGAGGCGCUCUUUGCGCAAGGCCCCUCGUACUAUGUGCCGGCAGCCAUUGCAUUUUUCAAGGCCCUCAAGGUGUACCCUGCACCCGUCGAGCUUGUUAUGAUUUACCAGAAAGCUGUGCCCAAGGAAGUGUUUGAUCUGAUUAUGAAGCUCAUCACACGCGACGCAGCUGUCCACGGUGCUGGCGGUGCGUCGGCUUCCAAGGACGACGUAGAUGACAGUGUGCCUACUGCUGAAUCGACGAAGGAGGUCGAGGACAAGUCUCAGAAACCUAAGGAAGCGGUCAAGGAAGAGUCUAAGGAAGAGCCUAAGGAAGAGCCUAAGGAAGAGCCUAAGGAAGAGCCUAAGGAAGAGCCUAAGGAAGAGCCUAAGGAAGAGCCCAAGGAAGAGCCCAAGGAAGAGCCUAAGGAAGAGCUCAAGGAGGAGCUCAAGGAGGAGCUUAAGGAGGAGCUCAAGGAGGAGCUCAAGGAGCCCAAGGAAGAGCCUUAG